AUGACUACUUCAAAGAAGAAGAAACAGACAGUAUCAUUGCAAACUUUUCUGGCAACUGAAAAUAAUUUUGUUCCAAAAUUGGUUACCGUUAAAAGUACGAAAGAAGCAUCGUGGUCUGAUAUUGUUGAUCAAAGAGAGGCAGACAUUGAAAUUGUGGACAUCAGUAGGCUACCAACAGCGCCGAGACGUACAACAGACAUCGAUCUUAGUGAAGUGCCAAAAGAACCACCAUUUGUUGCACAUGUGGGUAAUUUAUCAUUUGAAAUUGGUGAUGAUGAUUUAAAAAAAAUAUUUGCAGAUUUACUACCGAAAUCAGCUCGUGUGAUUAAAGACGGUGCUCGUUCUCGUGGUUCUGGAUUUGUUGAAUUUGAAACACGUGAUUCAUUAUUUGAAGCAUUAAAACGAAAUGAUAAAGAAUAUUUUAGUAGAAAAAUUCGAGUAUCUGUAUCAGAAAAAAAUGAUCAACAUGAUAGUAGAAGCAAUUUUCAACGUGGUGGUGGUGGUGGUAAUCGAGAAGAAAAUACUAAAAUGAAUGGAGAUUGGCGGAGAGGGCAAGAACCUCGAGAUGAUGAUAGAAAUCGUGAUGAUGAUCGAAGACCACAAUACGAUAGACCAGGGGGUGGACGGCGAGAUGAUAAUCGUCAACGUGACAAUUUUGGAGAUCGUCAUGGAUAUGUUUCACAUCAACGACGAGAAAAUCGUGAUGAUCGUCCUCGACGUUUUAACGAUGGAGAUCGACCAUCAAUGGAUAGACCAAGAUAUAGUGGACCUUAUAAUGAUUCAAAGUGUAAAAGUGGUACACUUUUUAUUUUAUUUAUUGAUUUAGAUGAUCCUGAACGUGAAACUCCUAAAGAGCGUCCAAAAUUAAAUUUACAACCGCGCACCAAACCAUUGCUUGAAACAGAAAAUUUAUCGGUUUCUUCUUCGUCCAUAAAUGUAUCUGAUCACAAUGCUACAACUGCCACAGAGGAUACAAAUCUGAUAACAUCCCCAUCUGAUCUCGUAGAAGAACAUCAGUCAGAAGAAUCUAGACAAGAAGAACAAGAAACAGGAUCAGACAUCGUUAAUACUCGUGAACAUCAUCAUCAAGCCUCUUCAUCGAGUAAUCGUGGUGCCUCGAUAUUUGGUGGAGCUAAACCAGUUGACACAACUGCCAAAGAACUUGAAAUUGAACGAAAACUAAGAGAAACACAACUGAUACAAGCUGCAGAUCGAGAUCAAGAUGAACCAAAAAGUCGACCAAGAUAUGGAAGUCAAUCAUUACAUACUGAUGACCAGCGACGUAAUAAUGAUAGACAUACUGAUGAUAGACGUAAUAAUGCUGGAAGAAAUCGUGGAUAUGGUAAUUUUGAUCGAUCUGGUGGUGAACAAUAUGAAAAUAAUAAUCGUCGUCAAACAAAUGAUUAUGAUCGUGAUCGUGGUUAUCAGAAUCAUGAUCGUGAUCGAUAUCAAUCGAACAGAAAUGGCGGAGAUCGGGAUAGAAUGGAUAAAGAUAGGGAUCAACGACGUGGAGGUGGUAGUAGCGGAGGAAAUUACUCUUCAAGAGAAGGUCAAGGUGGUGAUAGACCGUCGUACAAUUAUCGUUCACAAUAUAACAAUAAUGAGCGAAAUCAAUAUCGCGAUAAUAACAGUCGAAAUGGAUAUACCAGAGAACGCGAUAGAGAAUAUAACAAUGAUGAGACGAACAAUUACUCGAGAAAUGAUGAUAGAAGAAGAGAAAGUGGAGGAGAACGAAAUAAAGAUUAUUCAAGGCAGCCAGGCCCACCAAGAGAACGUUAUAGUAAUGAAACAAGUUCUCGGCACUCGGAUGAACACAGUCAAUUAUGCAAUAAAUUUGAUUUAUUAGAUGAAGAUGCAGAUGCAGCGAUUAUAUCUGAUGAAGCAGAUGAUGACGAACGUCAUCAAGAUGAUGGUGAUACAAUAAAACAUCAACGAAAUGUUUUAUCAACGACUCACUAA